UUCACUUUGCAGUGCCAGCAAAAUCAAUUGUCAGAAACUUGUUGGGAAUCGAGCAAUUAUAUGAAAUGAAGAAGAUCCAUAUCCAAUCCAAGGAACUUCUUUCCUGCAUGUGUGAGGAGAUACCAACAAUCUCCCAAACUCGACAACUUACAAGAGGUGGGGUUUAUGAUGCAAUCAACCGUGCUGUCAAGAAUGGGAUUUUCGAGUUUGUUUCUACAACAGUGGGCAUGGAUCCGAGAUUUUUGGAGAUGGAAGAUACAGAUUCGAGGAACAUAUUUAUGCUUGCUGUUCUGUAUCGACAAUCUAAGAUCUUUGGCCUUAUAUAUGAGCUUGAUAUGAAGCACACUUUGACAUCUCAUAAAGAUCGCGAAGAUAACAAUAUGUUACAUAUGGCAGGGAUAGUAGAAGAUUCCACUAGGCUUAAUCGAAGCUCUGGAGCAGCUUUACAGAUGCAAAGAGAGCUACAAUGGUUUAAGGAGGUGGAGAGAAUUGUCAAUCCCAAUAUUAAAGAAAAUACUAAUAAAGAUGGUUUAACUCCGCGACAAUUGUUUACAAAGAAUCACGAGGAUAUGAUGGAAAAGGGAGAAAAAUGGAUGAAGGACACAGCAUUGUCAUGUACAGUGGUGGGUGCUCUGAUUGUUACCAUUAUGUCUGCGUUCCGGAAGUUGGUGGAUCCAGAGCUAAAGUCGCAAGAAGACUUGGGAAUUGCAGAUUAUGACGGUUCCACAGCUCUAAUGAAGGCUCUUGUGUAUGGUAGAUCGGAACUGGCGCGCUAUUUGUAUCCUCUCGCUUCGCUGAAUGAUCUGGUGCUUGCAGAGGAGCUACGCUUUUUACCCGUGCAAUAUAUUCCAAAAAUUUGGGUAACAACGUAG